GGUGACUUUAAUCUACUCAACCAUCCAGUUACUCCAAGUUAUAUUAGAAACUGCAUUGUGGAGCCGUGAUAUCUGGGACGCUGUACAGUAGAGUCCUGAGGAACAUGUACUUCCUGCACACCAUUGAGGAAGAUGAAGAACCUGAGGAAUCUGAUGGAGGAGGCCGGAUGGAGGCAGAUGAACCUUUGCUACAUGCUGAAGUUCUUAUUAAAUGGAUGUAGAAUUGAACGUCGCUGUGGUUCAUUAGGCAUUAGAACGUCGAGACAUGAAACUGACUCGGAGGCGUACAAAGCCGACAUGGCUUACUCUGAGAAAGUUACAAUCUCGAAGAGACUGAGAAGACCAAGUAAUGAACUGAAUAAGAGACUGAGCCCAUCAACAGCAAGAAACUCAAGGAGAAGUAGCUCUUCACCACAGACAAGGUCUAAGAGAGGAAGCUCUUCAGCAUUCGGAAGCCCUAACAGAAGGAAAACUUCAACACCACAGAGCUCUAAAGGAACGAGUUCAUCAGUACCAGGAAGUUCUCAGAGAAGGACCUCCUCAGCACCACAUGACGUUUUGAGAGAUACUUCUGCAGGACCCAGAAGAGUGGGGAAUAGAGAUGGACAAACGAUAACUUCGGCGAAGAGGACCGGUGAAAAAGAGCCAUCUACAUCAUCGAGACAGAGACGCAGACAACGUACACACCCGACUCCUGAGCAUGACAACCUUCCUGCUCCUCAGUGGGUCAUCGAUCUGAUGCUUGAUAUUGAAGAAGCCACCAAGCACAAGCUGACCGUGGAGUAAAAAAUAAAAAAUAUUCUCACAGUAUUACAGGCUGCAGGUGAAGUAAGGAGUGAGGA